CAUGAGUCUCACAAGAAGAACUAAUAUCGCCAGGCUACUUACUGGUUGUGCAGAACAAAGUUUCUGCGGCUUGAGACAGACUAUCCCUGAAAACCACGCAUAUCUCCACAAUGCUACGAACAUGUCGAAGAUGCUGGAAUACAUCAGAGAAGUAGCCAUUAAAGUUUUUACCAAUGCGGCUAGUACUGGACCGGUAGGUACAUAACUAUAGUCUGGACGACAGGUACGUGCUCAGGAGAGGAAAGAAUCCUGUUAUAGCAGCAUUAUGAAGUGACAAUUUUUCGUUCUUCUGUAAUUUGAUGUGGCUCCCUUCCUCUAAGUUCAAGAGUCAAUUUUGUAUUUCAAUCGGUUAUAUAAGAAAAAACAUGGCAAAUAAGUUGCAAUUACUUUGGAAUCAAAAAUAAGAUUAAAAUUGCAAAACAAAUAGCUUUUUUUGUUUAUCAAAAGACUGAGUUUCAACAGCAUUUGGUUUAAUCGGAACAAAACUAUUCCAAAAAGAAUUUUUCUUUUUUCAUUUUUUUCUACAUUUUUGUCUUGUUUUAAACCCGUUCAAUUUUGACAGUUUGUUACGAACACAGCUGAUCAAUGCAUCGGCACAGAUUUGCGACUAAAAUGAGAUUCUACCUAGUUGCGAUAGUUCUUGUUUUGAUGUGUACGUUUUACCUGCUUUUCUUCGCGCCUAAACCCAAGAGCGAAGCAUACACCAUAGAAGAGGACUUCUUUAAAACCGAACACCAGGAAGAUGAACGCUCGAACGAUUGGACAAACGAGUCGUCCGCUCACGGAUUAAGCCAACAUACCAUGAAAGUUGUUCACCUGGAUUUCAAAGGUGGAGCACCAACUCUGCCAUUCCUAGGCAAACUCUUACCAAAGCUGGCAAAGGCCGGCUGCAAUGCAUUGCUUGUUGAGUAUGAGGAUAUGUUCCCUUACAACGGCAUUUUAAAGAAUGUCACCUCGAAGACCGCUUAUUCCGAAAAGGAGAUCAGAGAAAUUUUAAAAAUGGCCAAAAAUAGCAGGCUUGAUGUGAUCCCAUACCUGCAAGUCUUCGGGAAUCUAGAGUUCCUUCUAAAAGUCAAAGACUUUGCACAUCUCAGGGAGUUUCCGCCUUCGCCUUGGGUCAUUGCGACUUCUAAUCAGCAUUCACUGACAGUGAUUAAAACAAUGAUAGCACAGGUCAUGGAGGUUCAUAAAAAUGCCAAAUACAUCCAUCUUGGAGCUGGAGAAGUUGAGACCUGUCUUAAAUGUAGGCCCAAAAACCAACCGUUUCUGACAUCAUUACAAAGACAUCUAUUGGAUAUACUAGAAUGGAUGAAACAGCAAUAUCCAUAUACAACUCCAAUUAUUUGGGACUGGAUAUUUAGCAAAGAAGGGCACUAUUUUGGCAUCAACACUCAUGCAUAUUUCACUAGAAAUAUAGCCAAACAUGUGCAACCCAUGAUUUUUUCAUCAGUGGGACGUGAUUUGAACUCUUACCAAACUAGUGUUUAUGCUCUACCAUUUAGAAAGGUGUGGGUUGCAGGGGCGUUUCGAGGAUUGUCCAUUUCCCCGAGAUUGACCCCAGAUUUAAAAAAAUCUGUCGAUCUUCAAAUGUCGUGGAUGAAAAGUUUGAAAAUGAAGAAGCAUGCCCAGGUGGUCGGCUAUGUUUUAAUGGGAAACGCGAGACGGGAUCAUUUUGCAGUACUCGGCGAGCUUCUUCCACUCUCUUUGCCAAGUUUAUUUAUCAACCUUGUUUACAUCCAAACCUCGAUGAACGACGAGAACCGAGUGUUGGGAAAAUUCAAGCAAAUUUUGGAGUGCAAACACGUCCAAUUAUCAUAUGCAGUUACCAAAGAUGAAAACCAAUUGUUCAAGAGGUUUGACAGGAGAAUAACUUUAGAAGAAUGCAUAUUUCCUGGUUCUGACCUGUUCAACACAAUGCUGCAGUUUGAACUUGUUAAAAACAAAGUAGACAUUGCUGUAAAACAACUCAAAGCAAGCGGUUGGUUCACUUUCUACCACAUAGCAAAAAAUGUUUCAAAUACUUUUGUACUCAUCAAAGAAACGCCGAGGCUGUUGAGGUUGCUUCAUGAAGUGAAAUCUCUUAAACACAAUAUCCAGGUGCUUUUGUGGAAAUACACGGACACCUACUCGGCCAACGAGUGGGUCGAGCAAAACAUCUAUCCGUUAGAAAUAAUUUUAAUAGAUGUUAUCACAAACACUGAUAAACUUGUUAGGCGUAAAAUUUGGUCGCGACGACCUAUGUAAUCAAUGCUUGUACAUAGACGUUCCCAAAUAAAACUUAUUUUUGCAACCCUAG